CCUAUUGACAAAGCCAAACUCUCAUAUGAAAUUAUAUUCAUCAAUUAAUGGAUAAUGUUUGAGAGCAUAUUAUCCUCAAAUAAAGAGCGGAAUAUAGACAUGAUAAGUUGGAAUAAUAUACUCAUCAAAUUAAUCUAUCUGAUUUCUACAUCAAAGGGAUAUCAAUUUACUGUUAUUAACCUAAAGUAUAAAAGUAACAUACUAUCUGAUACUAUCCAUUUUAAUAUACGCAAGUCCUGUAAAAAUGACAAGGUUGAGAUGGGUAUUCUACAAAUUAAAUUAUCUUAGGAAAUUACAAAUUAAAUUAUCUUAGGAAAUCGAAUGACUAAUUAUACACUUUACUACUGUAUAAUUAGUCCUUCAAUUUCCUAAGGACGUAUAAAAUCUAAGAGUAAAUUAAAAUAAAAAAUGUAAAUGGUUGCUGCGGGAUUUUAUAAAAUUAAAAAGACCUUGUGGUCAAAUUUUGAUUACUAAAUAUUAGUACUCAAAAAAGGAACUAGCUAGAUGC